CUUGACGAAAUGGAGUGUCGGACGUGUCCGUAACAAUAAUAUUCGCCUUUUUUAUUUAAUUGUAAUGCUCUCGGCAGUUUAACAUCUAUUUCUACACCGCUUUCGAUUAUGUACUUUUCGUGUUUAGACUUUCGUUUAAAUUCGCUGCAAAAAUAUGGAAGAGGAGCUUAACGAACAUGAGCUGGAGGAACGGUUCUACUCUAUGCUGCACUAUGUAGACGAUACGCAGGCUGAUAAUACCUUGAAGCAAAAUGCUUUGGACAUCAUUGAGAAUGCGCCGCGGAGCACCGUGCGGCGCUACUGGCGGACCAGCGGAGAAACUACCGCGCCGCAAAACACUCCUUUCCAGAAGGUAAACAGCACGAAAGAAGAUCCAGAACCAGCUACCGAGGACACCAAACCCAAAUCAGAGAAGGGCUCCUCCCCAUCGGAACCACUGCCACAACAUCUCUCUAUAUUUUAUACAGCUGUUCCUCAGAAUCUGAAAAAGACCAUCGAAAUUAUUGAAAAUGAAGACAACGACAUUGUGGAGGUUGAAUCAAGUGACGAGGAUGACGAUGAAGUUAUUGAAGUGGCUCUACCACCAAAGCCCACUAUCAUGAUUGAAAGUUCUGAUGAAGAUGACAUUUCUAUACAAGAUACUUCUACUAAAGCAAAACUUAAUGCACAUGAAAAGAGCUCCAGUAAUGGUGAAAGAGAAGUCUCAGCGAGUCCUGUGCCCUCAAUUGUUUCUUCAGUCUCAGAUGAAUUCAUCCGUGGGGAUUGUAUUGCAUUCAACAUUUCCUCCCAUUGCCCAGAUAAACACAGCUUUGAUUUCAGCCUUCAUGGAUCUGAUGUUCUUGGAAGCACACCUUCUAAAAACAAGAAAAGGAAAAGAAACAAAGAAAGUGCAACAUCUACUCCAACAGUUGCUGAAAAAUCACAAAAGAAAUCAGCCAUUGAAGAAUGCUUUGCCACACCUAAGAGCAAAGCAAAAAAUAGAAAGGAGAAGGAAAAAUCAUACGUUGUGACAGAGAAAAGUUUACCAAGUGCGGAUGUUUACGAUUCGGACAGUAAUCAGUCCAUAGUCAGUGUUGUAGAAUCAAAUAAAAACCGUAAGUCAUAUAUUGUUAGUGAGAAGAGCCUACCUAGUGUAGAUGUGUAUGAAACUGACUCUAAUCCGAGUGAAACUCCUAGAGCCACUGACAUUUCAAAGCCCUCUCUGACAAGCAAUAUUGAAUCUUCUGAUAGCAGUACUUCCCUUGACAAAACUCAAGAAGAGACAGCAAAGAGUAUUCGGAAAGAAACUGUAUCUAAUAAUGACCCUGUUACUAUUGAUCUGACCGAAAACUAUUUUGUAGAAGAAGAUAUUGUCGUCGCCAACGUAUCAGGUUUCACAGAAUCUGAAGACUACGGAGAUGAGACUGUACAAGAAAAGGCUGCACCGAAAUUUGGCUCAACAAAGGUCCCGGCAAUUUUGUAUGAAAAUUUGGACUUUGACAACUUGAAAGGCAAAGAGAAGGUGUGCAAGAACCGACGGUAUUCUCUGACGACUCUUCGCGCUGAGAUGGAGAAGUUUUACAAUGAAAGUUGGGGUGGUGAAGACUUCAACCAUCGUGAGAUACAGAAGAAUAUGUCACGAGAUAAAAGUUUAUGGGCCAUUGAUCCCAAGGACAAAAUGCCAUCGCUGAACAGAAAGAAAUACAAUGUCAUGUGCAACUACUGCAACCGGCCGGGACACCGUGAUGAUACGUGCCGCCUCAAGCCACCCGUCUGUUUUAUGUGUGGAAACACGGGUCACAUGGAACCGCGCUGUCCUAGUAAAAUCUGUGUCAAUUGUGGGUCUGCCAACCACAUGUACUCGACGAUGUGCCGCAACUGCGUGAACUGGAGUCGCAUCACGUGCGCCGAGUGUGGCCAGAACGGACACCCAUCCAGCCACUGUCCUGAUAUGUGGCGCCGCUACCAUAAUACUAUCGAUGUUACUCCAAUUUUGGAAGAAAAUCGGUUUACAAAGAAACACUACCAGUUAUUCUGCAGUGGAUGUACCCGACGUGGUCAUUUAGUCCACACAUGCCGCCUCUCUCUUCCGUUUUCGGGCCUCCCGAUCAAUUCUCCCUUUGUAAAUAUGUAUCGCCCUAUAUACGCCCCCGUAUCAGACACGAAUACACCCGACCAAAGCUACAACAAUCAGAAAAAUAAACGAUCAUUCAAAACCUUCCAGCAAGAGUCCACCAUCUCGUCGGCCGCUAUCACACCAUCGAGGCCGGAACACGGGAAGCGACAGUCUAAGUCGCCGACUGUCCACGAAACACAUACUAACAAGAAGAGGAAUAUGUGCAUAUCAGAAAAUACAGAGGCACAAGCUUCAAAGAGUCCCGUGCGACCGGACCAUCAAAGGAAAACAUCUCAAAGUAAGGAACCUUCUGAAAAUAUCGAAGAAGCAAAAGAACGGGAGUGUGUUACAGCUAAUGUUCCCGUUACGGAAGCAGCACCGGACUUUAUUCCUAUCAGCAGCUGGAGCACCAGCAAUCAUGACAAAAAGGGACACGUUAUUCAAGAUAACGAAGUAUCUGAUACGAGCGACGUCGUGACUUCAGCCAGAAUUUAUGUUACGAGUCAAAUAAUUGAUAAACUAAAAUCAACAGAAGGCGAAGGCUGGCUCAAGCAAAUGAAAGAAAAGUUUCACGUUACCGUUGAAAACGCGGAUAGUAAUUCAUUUUUAAGCAUAAAAGGUAAAGUUCGAGAUCAGGAAGCUUUCCAAUCUGCAUUCAGGGAAUGGGUUACCGAAAAACCAAGCACUAACGCCGAUGAUCGUGACAUCUCACAUCAAACCGAAGGUGAUCGAUCCUUUUUCAGCAACAAUAUACCUAAAAACAGGAAAAAUGUCUUGCGAAAACUGGCUAAGGCUUUUAAAUCAUUGAAAGUCGAUUUAGGAGAGCCCAACGAGUUGUUUAAGGAGCUAAACUAUCUAAAGAAAAAUCACCAGCAGCUUCUUAAGCAGAAAGUGAUCAACCCUAAACAGUUGAACAACAACCGAGAUCGCAUUAAUCUGAUGGUUAAGAAACUCAACAUGAUACUAGUCGGGCAAGCUGGCCUUGCAGGCGGUUUCAGACAUUUAAAAGAGUUGCAGACAUUACAAGAAAAACUUAUAAACAUCCAGCAGAAAACCAUCUCUCUUGAUUUGCGCGAAGAGAUCGGUGAGCAUUUCCAAACCAUUUUCACUGCUGCCCCUAGACACGAUUAUGUCGAACUACUGAACUCAUACAAUUUCAAACCGCCACUGCUGCACCAGUAUAGGAAACUUUCUCUAAACAAGUGUAAAAUGAAGAAAUUCAUCACCAUUCCAUUCACACAGAAGAAGAAUCAACGUUCUAUAAAAGAAGCGAAAGUGAGCAUUGAAAAAAGUAAACCAGAAAUUAUUAGCUGCCAGAGUCCAGUAAGGAAACCAUUAGUAGAGAAAACUAAGAAUAAAUUAGUUUUCUUUAAGAAUAGGCUGAUGAACGCUCGCCCUAACGACACGGUCCACAGGAAGACGCGAAACGAAUUAGUGCAAAAACUACAAUCGUACAUCGGCUCGUUGAGUAACGACGUCAAUAUGUCGUCAAAGAGUAUAAAAAAGAUGAGAAGAGUUCAAGAACAGGCGCAACUGUUUUUAAAUAAUGCAUAAUUAUAAGUGAUGGCACUUUUUGCGGCGUAUAUUAGUUAAAAAAUGCGUCGUAAAUUCGGCAAAAUAUACGCGGGAUCCCACUCGAGUGGGUCUGUUUAUUUAAUUGCCGGCUCGGUAUAUGCACUCAUAAUGUGCACGUGAAUUAAAUAAAUAUACUUAGUGUAAAGCAUA